CAGACAUGCAGAUAAAUACUCUGGUAGAUCUCCAGUAUCAUGUUACAAUCCCGAUAAAACCCCUCUCUUUUUCACCUUUUUACUAUCGAUCAGCACGCCUUUUGAGUUUUGAACUUUUGACUCCACCCUUUUUACCGCAAACCCCCUAUAAACCUCCAAAUUCUCACACCACCAGACACACACUCUCUCUCCCCCGUACACACCGCCUAAGGACCCGCUCCGUCCCCGCGCUCUCUGGCUCUCCGCCAUGGCGUCCAAGAACUCCUUGCUGCUGCUGCUGCUCCUCCCCCUCCUGCUACUCUCAACCGCCGCCGCCGCGGCCUCCUCGCGCACCGCCGAGCUGGACGCGCUCAUGGAGCUCAAGGCGGCAUUGGACCCGUCGGGCCGCGCGCUCGCCUCGUGGGCGCGCGGCGGCGACCCGUGCGGCCGCGGGGAUUACUUCGAGGGCGUCUCCUGCGACGCGCGCGGCAGGGUGGCCACCAUCUCGCUGCAGGGGAGGGGGCUCAGGGGGACCGUCCCGCCCGCGGUCGCCAUGCUCCCGGGCCUCACCGGGCUGUACCUGCACUACAACAAGCUUGGCGGGGAGAUACCCCGCGAGCUCGGUGGACUUCCCGAGCUCGCCGAGCUCUACCUCGGCGUCAAUAACCUGUCAGGGAGCAUCCCCGUCGAGCUCGGCCGCCUCGGUAGCCUCCAAGUACUGCAGCUCGGCUACAACCAGCUUUCAGGGAGCAUUCCAACCCAGCUGGGUCAGCUAAAGAAGCUCACUGUUCUUGCCCUUCAGUCCAACCAACUCACUGGUGCAAUACCGGCCUCCCUGGGGGACUUGCCGGCAUUGACACGGCUGGACUUGAGCUCCAAUCACCUCUUCGGCUCGAUCCCUUCCAAACUUGCCGAGAUUCCUCAGCUUGCAACACUUGACCUCCGGAAUAAUACACUUUCAGGGACUGUUCCAUCUGGUCUGAAGAAAUUGUACGGGGGGUUUCGGUAUGAGAAUAAUUCAGAGCUAUGUGGAGCUCAAUUUGAUUCUCUGAGAGCCUGCCCUAAUGACGGCAACGACGAUGGCAAAAUGCCCCAUAAACCUGAGUCAACCUCUAUCAAGCCACAAAAUACUCCACAGUCUACCAACCUCAACAGAAAUUGCGACAAUGGAGGUUGCUCAAAACCUUCGACGCUUUCUUCAGGGGCUGUUCUUGUCGGAACAGUCAUCAUUGUAGCUGGAGUUGCAGCUUGUUGUCUGUCUGUAUUCUCAUGGCGCCGUCGCCAGAAGCAGAAGGUUGGCAGUUCAAUUGAGCAUUUGGAAGGCCGAUUUAGCCUGGACCAGUCAAAGGAAACACAUCAGAGAAGUGCCUCCUCACUGAUCAAUGUCGAGUACUCUAGUGGCUGGGACACUUCAUCUGAGGGGUCACAGCAUGGAGCUAGGCUAUCGUCAGAGGGUUCCCCAAGUGUCCGGUUCAAUCUCGAAGAGGUGGAAUGCGCAACACAGUACUUCUCGGAUGUCAAUUUGCUCGGUAAGAGCAGCUUCGCAGCGACGUAUAAAGGGAUAAUGCGGGAUGGCUCGGUUGUUGCAAUCAAGAGCAUCAACAAGAGCAGCUGCAAGUCGGAGGAGGCCGACUUCUUGAGAGGCCUCCGCAUGCUUACAUCAUUGUGGCAUGAUAACCUUGUUGGCCUGAGGGGCUUCUGCCGCUCCCGGGCAAGAGGAGAGUGCUUCCUCGUAUAUGAAUUCAUGGGGAAUGGGAGCCUUUCUCGGUAUCUAGAUGUCAAGGCCAGCGAUGCGGGUGCGAUGAUCCUGGACUGGGCCACGCGGGUCUCCAUCAUCAAAGGCAUUGCCAAGGGCAUUGACUACCUUCACAGCAGCAAACCAAACAAGCCCUCGCUUGUCCACCAGAGCAUCUCUGCAGACAAGGUCCUCGUCGACCACCUCUUCGUCCCCCACCUCUCCGGCGCAGGCCUGCACAAGCUCCUGGCCGACGACGUGGUCUUCUCGACGCUCAAGGACAGCGCGGCCAUGGGGUACCUGGCCCCGGAGUACACGACCACGGGCCGGUUCACCGACAAGAGCGACGUGUACGCGUUCGGCGUGGUCGUCUUCCAGGUGCUCACGGGGAGGAGGACCGUCGCGCAGCUCCGCCUCGGCGCCGAAUCCGGGAGGCUGGACGACCUCGUGGACCCGCGGCUAGGCGGCCGGUUCUCAAGGCCCGAGGCGGCGAAGCUCACGGGGAUCGCGCUGUUGUGCACCAGCGAGGCGCCCGGCCAGCGCCCGGCCAUGGCGGCCGUGCUGCAGCAGCUCGGCACCAGCCAGUGAUCGACGCUGCAUUGCCGGUUGCAAUGGAGCUCGUUAGUGACUGUGUUUUGUUAGUUAACAGCUAGUGAUCAGCUACUAGCUUGGUAGCUGCCAUUGUGUCUUGUUUGAGUUUCAGUUCCUUCCUCGGGAGCUUGAUUGUAGUAAGCUGUUAACUUCUGCUCUGCCGUAGAAGCAGUUGGUUAGUUAGUUACACUAUCUGCCAGUAACUACUGCCUCAUGACACUGAUGCUUUGCUGCAUCAUGUUCAUGUGUCUCCUUCC